CCGGGACUGUAUCUGUCAUGCGGCUCUUAAUUUUCUACGUUGACUGUGAUCCUGAGACUACACGAUUAUUAAGAUAAAUAACAGAUGAAGAAAGUUUAGAAUGGGACAGGCUUCCUUUGCUAAGGUGCCUGAGGCAGCCAUUAAUGCUGAGGAAGGGGAGCAACAUCCGCCAGUGGACUCGGAGAAUGACGUCUCUGGUUCAAACACACCAACUGCACGAAGAAGAGGAAAGUUUCCAGGUUUUGGGAAAAUAUUCAAACCAUGGAAAUGGCGGAAAAAGAAAACCAGUGAAAAAUUCAAGGAGACGUCUGCAGUUUUGGACAGGAAGUUAUCUGUGAGACAAAGCAGAGCUGAACUGGUUAAGAAGGGAGUGUUGAAAGAGAUUCCUGAACAAGACGGAGAAGUUAACAGCAAACCUGCCCAGAACAAUACACUAAAGAAUGGGCACACGGUUCCUGUGGGUGAGUUAUCUACCUCAACAGAGGCUGAACCAGUCCCCGGAAAUGAAAAAAGGUCGAGCUUUUCAAAACCUUCACAAGGAAAUGAGGAGAGAAUAAAGAACUCCACCGAGGAACCACAAAAAACUAAAGCAGAGGCUGCAGAUAGACGUCCAUUGUCAGAAAUGGAGCCCAUGCGUGAUCAAAAACAGGCUUUACUUCCUCCUAAACGACCGCUGUCAGCUCCCGCUCUGGAGGCAGGCGAGGGGCAAGUAAAAGAUCCUGGAGCUAACUUGACCGCUGCCAAGGACGUCUCUUCCAUUAUUUCCUGUUUCUCCACUUCUUGUUCCACAAAUACCACUGACUCUUUCGCCACAACUACAAAUACUACCAGCACGACUACCACUACUACGGCUCCUGCCAAGCAACCUCCAAUUCCACCUCCAAAACCCAACCGAAAUAGCAAUCCUCUCUUUGCGGAACUUAGUCAUAUCAUGACCCCUGGCCUGGUUGUGCCAGGUAAGCAUUCACCACCAGGAUCCCAUAGGAGGAUAAGCUUCAACCCACCUGUGGCUGAGCCAAACAACACUACCCAGAAUGUGUGUGAGAACAAGGAGAGACCGCAGCUGCCAAUGCAAGUAUCGACAUCAGCACAUGCACCUACAUCAUCGCCAGCAUUGCCUUCGCGCCCACCUUCUGCUCCAGAACCUGCUCCUCGUCAGUCCCUCCCACCAAGAGUUCCAGUCAAAGCUAAUCCACCUGUAUUGACAUUCUGUCAUACCAGUGUACAACAUGAAAAAGAACCUGAUCAGCAGCCUCACCCUUCAUCUGAUGAAUGUCCCGAGCUGCUUCCGACUCGCCAAUCUCAAGUUCCUUUGCACAUAAUGAUCCAGCAAGCAUUGUGUAGCCCUCGACCAGUUGUCACUGCAGCUGAUGGUUCGAAUACAGCAAAGUCAUUGCUUUUUGAGACUGCCUUUGAUGAUGCUAAUAAGAGCCGGGCUUUGCAAGUUACCUUGGAGAAAUUAAAAUGCCCCUCAGAUGAUGAAAACACUGAGGAUGAAGAGGAGGAAGAGCAGAGGCCCAAGAAACAAGAAUAUCCAGCACUAGUUUCAUCAGUUGUCAUCAUUCCAGAACUUGUGAGACAGGAAGAAGACGUGAGCGACUCUGAUGAUGAUGGUCCAGUUCUGUACAAAGAUGACUACGAUGAGGACGAGGGAGAUGAUCAAUCCAGUUCAUUGGCCAAUAAAGUAAAACGAAAAGACACUUUGGCCCUUAAACUGAGCAACAGACCUACAAAGCAAGAACUUAUAGAGAAGAACAUCCUACCUCAUCAGUCUGAUCAAGAAAGACUAGAAAUUCGACAGCAGAUUGGAACAGCACUCAUCAGGCGUCUGAGUCAAAGGCCAACUGCGGAAGAACUGGAGCAAAGGAAUAUUCUUAAAAAUAAAGACGAGGAACAACAUGAGGCAGAAAAGCGAGAGAUCAAGAGACGGCUUACCAGAAAGCUCAGUCAAAGACCUACAGUGGCAGAGCUCCAAGCUAGAAAAAUCUUGCGCUUCCAUGAAUAUGUUGAAGUAACAGAUGCCCAUGACUAUGAUCGACGUGCAGAUAAACCGUGGACUAAAUUAACACCAGCAGAUAAGGCAGCAAUACGAAAAGAGCUAAAUGAAUUCAAAAGUACAGAGAUGGAGGUGCAUGAAGAAAGCAGAAUGUAUACGAGGUUUCAUCGACCAUAAGAACAUGUGCAAAUGCAAAAGGAAAUCUAGCUACACAGUACGGGGAUGAAGGCUGUCUCCUGAAUACUGUACAUGAAGCCGUGUUGUAUUGACAGUUGUGUACAAUAUAUUCAAUACACAUUCGAUGAACCUGGUGCCAUGGGGAAAGAAAUCAAUACUUGAUAACCGUAUCAUAUGUAAAUCAUGCUUUCAUCAAUUAACUAAUCCAUGAAAUGGAGGUUCCCCUUGAUCAUAUCUGUCUUUGCGCCUCCAGAUUGAUACAAUACUGCGGCUGGUUUCAAAUCGCAGUGCCAAAAAGACUUGAGAGCUGCUGGAAUUGUGUGCUUGGGAGUGGUUGUAUUUUUCUGUAAGCUUUUACUGGAACUGAAAACGUGUGUCUGUGUAUACAGACCAAGUUUGGACUUUCCUCUUCUUAAUCUCACCCUUUGUAUCUUUCUUUUUUAAUGCACGCACUACAAUGGCUUUGCUUGGUUUGAAGGUUGCUCUUGGUCAAUGUGAUUUUUUUUUUGGUCUGAGAGUAUCUGUCCCAGCUCUCCUUUUCUGCAUUACCUCUGUGUCCAUCAUCAGUUCCAUACCAUUUAGCUGCUAGUUUCCCCAGUGGCAAAAUGUGAUCCUGGAACAACUGCAACAGAUGAAAAACUUUACAUACUCGGUGUGUUUUUUUUUAAUGUGAACAAUGCCACAUAAGAGUCCAUCUCUCAUCUAUCUCUGAAUGAAAAAGUACUGUUUUCAUAGUAGCAGGGCUCUGUUGAAAGGAAAGUAAUGUUGUACCUGGAGCCUUAACUUUCCAUCCAAAAGGUGCACAGUUCUUUGGGAGGAGAAAAGUAUCUUUUUGUACAGUCAGGCAUUGAUUUGUACUGGACUACAAAUCGGUGCCUGUGUGGCAAAUGCACCACCCUCAACUACUGUAUAAAACAUUGAUUUAGAUUAAGUCAAUAUGUGUACAUUUGUCUUCCUGUUUAAAUAUUGAAUAAAAGUAUUGUUUGACACUUUUCUUUUUACAAAAAAAAAUCAGAAUACACUUAACACUAAUUGGGAUAACUUCCUUCUCAACCAAACUGUACAAAAUACGUACUUGUUUUAAGUUCCAUCUCCUAGACAUUUUUUCAAGUUGCCUUGCAAUUCUUAAUGAAUCUCUUCCCAUUCUCGUGGUCCACGACACACAAUAGGUAGGGGAGAUCAGGAUUUGUUAGAAUUUUUAUUCUGUUUCUUUCCCCUCUGGCAUUUUUCCUUAUUAUCAAGCAAUAGACUUUUGUAUUUUAUGUUCUUAAUCUAUUUGGACAGCUCAGUAAAUUCAUUGUGCUUCAUGGUUGAAUAUGCUGACUGGGUUGAAGGGUUUGUUUUUCUCAAAUGAGGCACUUUCUCUGUUUUUAUUUGUAAUACUCAGUCUCCAGUCAGCAUUAUUUCAAGGCUCUUGUGUGCAAACAGACCAGUGGGACUGCCUUAAUUGAUUACACUCUUAAUCAUCAUUUUACCGGUGAAUUCUUCGUAUUAUCCAACCGAACUAUAUGCCGUGGGAACUGUGAGAUUUUAGUUGGGUUUUAACAUAGGAACGGCACAGAGUCAAAACAUUUGCCACAGCAUUAAAGUGAUGGGUAGGCUAGGUAUGUUGGCAUUGAGCAGUGACUCAAUUAGAGAAAGGCAACAAAGUUGUCAGACUGCAGUGUAAACUGAUCAAACCGUACCUGUUGUCAUGCAUUACAAUUCUUGCUUCUCUUCUGUUUUCUGUCCAUAACAGUUCAUUAAGGUAAGGAGAAACUGGAGAGAAUAAGUAAGCUGUGGAAAGCAUAAAUGUUUUGGCUCAUUUCGUGUUGUUAGCCUUGGCAUUUGUUUGUGCCGCACAUCAUUUUUGCUUGAUAGGGUCAAUAAUACACAAAAGAAUCUGCUUCCUUGAGAGGUUGAUUGGGAUCCCUAGCAGAUUCUUAUUUAUUGCAGCAGUUGGUGUUGUACUGAGCCAUACAGGUUGGGCAGAUCCCUGGUUUGGUCUUUGUUCUGUGCCCCCUUAACCAAUAUCUGUUGGGAUAACUUGGGCACUGUAAUUAUCUUUGGUGCCUCUGUGCAGAGGAGAAAAGUCAGGCAGGAUUCCCACUCCUGAUUACUAUCCGCUAAAUCUUGCUGGGAAGUGCACAAGUAGGACAGGGUCAGACUUGGAUCAUUGAAGAGCCCGCCAAAGCUCUUGCUAGGUUUGCACUUGAAGAAUAGCCAAAUUUUGGAAGGGUUGGGGGAUUGGUAGUAUCAGAAGAUUUCAGAUACCCUCCUACAUGCAUCAAUGACUACAGGGAGAAAGGAGGGUGAAUGAAAAAAAUAAUGGCAAGAAAAUAAGGGUGCUACUACACACUGGAGUUUUCGGGCAUUCUAAACUGCUAAGAAUCUAAUUUAGAAUUUUGCUUUUGCUUAAACCAUGUACAAUGUGGCAGGGAUUAAGAACCCUACUUCCCCUCCCCCCCUUUUUUUUAUUGCACAUGUAUGUAAUAUUUUAGAAAAGUAUAUUAAUACAUUUUUUUGUAAAGUGUUGGGUAUUUUAAAAUAGUCUUCCUUGUACCUUUUUCCCCAAUGCCAGUUCAGCUUCAGAGUUUACCCAUUGAAUCCACAUCAUAGUGGUGCUGUUUUUAAGUCUGAGGGGAUCAACCUUUUAGAUGGUCCACUGACUAUUAUUGUCCCCCCCCCACAGUUGCUCAGUUAUAAAGUGCGUCUGAACCAAAAGGCAGAUUAAAAAGAGAUUGUUAAAAAUCCAGCCUCCAUUAGCAAUUAUUCUUUCUAAACAAAAGACAAAAAUUAAUUUUUUUGCAGUCUGUAUAGUUGUAUGUACAUUUUCAUGAGUUGUAAAUAAUUGAACAGUUACUGUUGCUCUUAUAAUAUUGGUGUAUUUUGUUCUCAUUCAGUGCUGCUUUCUUUUAUUAAAAAAAAAGUAGAUUCCUA